AUGAAAAGAUCGGUUGUAGUUUUCUUUUUCUUUUCUUUUUUUAAUCUUUCUUUUCUUUUCGUUUUCUUUCUUUUCUUUUUAUAUAAUGCUCCCUUUCACCAUCUCUUCUCCAUCUUCACUUCCUCGUGCCAUUACCUCCAAGUUCCUUUCUUUCGUUCUACGUUCCUUUUCUUUCUUGUUCCUGUCUUUCGUUGCGGUUUCCAUUCUUUCAUAGUUCCUUUCUUUCCUUCCUCGAUCCAUUCCGUCUAUUUUCCUUUCUUUCCUUCCUCGCUCCAUUCCUUCCUAGUUCUUUUCCUUCCUUCUCGUUCCAUUCCUUUCUAUUUCCUCUCCUCCCUGGUUCAAUUAUUUCCUAGUUCCUUUCAUUCCUUCCUCGUGCCAUUCCCUCGUAGUUUCUUUCAUUCCUCGUUCCAUUCCUUCCGGGAUUCUUUCCGUCCUCGUUCCAUUCCUACCAAGUUCCUUUCCUUCCUUCUCGUUCCAUUCCUUCCUAUUUCCUCUCAUUCCUGCUUCCAUUUCUUCCUAGUUCCUUUCUUUCCUUCCUUCCUGGUGCCAUUCCUUCCUAGUUUCUUUCAUUCCUCGUUCCAUUUCUGCCUGGAUUCUUUCCGUCCUCGUUCCAUUCCAACCAAUUCCUUUCUUUCCUUCUUGGUUCCUUUCCUUCCUAGUUCCUUUCUAUCAUUUCGGGUUCCAUUCCUUCCUUUUUCCUUUCUAUCAUUUCGGGUUCCAUUCCUUCCUAGUUCCUUUCUAUCAUUUCGGGUUCCAUUCCUUCAUAGUUCCUUUCUAUCAUUUCGGGUUCCAUUCCUUCCUAGUUCCUUUCUAUCAUUUCGGGUUCCAUUCCUUCAUAGUUCCUUUCUUUCCUCGAUCCAUUCCUUCGUACAUUAUUUCCUUCCUUACUCGUUCCAUUUCUUCUUAGUUCCUUUCUCCCUUAUUCGUUCACUUUCAUCCCUAGUUCCUUUCCGUCCGCCUUUUUCCAUUCUUUCCUUGUUCCUCUCCUUCGUCGAACCAUUCCUUUCUAGUUCUUUUCUUUCCUUCCCUGUGCCAUUUCUUCCUAGUUUCUUUCCUCCCUUUCUCAUUCUAGUCCUCCUAGUUCGAUCCUUCCUCAUUCUUUUUCUUCUUCUUUCCUUUCUUUCGUUCCUCGUUCAAUUACUUCCUUUUGAUUUCUUCCUUCCAUGUUCCAUUUCUUCCUCGUUCCUUUCCGUCCUCGUCCCAUUCCUUUCUUUCCUUGUUCUAUUCCUUCCCAGUUCCUUUCCUUCAUUCCUUGUUUUAUUCCUUCCUAGAUACUUUCGUUCUUCGUUCCAAUCUUCCCUAGUUUCAUUCUUUCUUUCCACGUUACAUUCCAUUCUAGUUCUUUCCAGCUUCGUUUCAUUCUUACCUAGUUCCUUUCCUUUCUUCCUUCUUCCAUUCAAUCUUAAUUCAUUCCCUUUCACGUACCAUUCUUACCUCUUCCUUUCCUCCGUUCAUCGUCCCAUUUCUUACUAUUUUCUUUCAUUUCUCCUUCCAUUCGUUACUAUUACUUUUCCUCCCUUCCCCGUCCAAUUCCUUCCUAGUUCCUUUCUUACCUUCCUAAUUCCUUUUUUUUUUCGUUCCAGGUUCCAUUCCUUCCGAGUCGCUUUCCUUCCUUCCUUCCUCGUUCUUUUCUGUCUUAGAUCCUUCACUUCGUUCCUUUCCAUCCUAGUUUUUUUUUCCUUUCUUUUCUUUCCGUUUUCUUUCUUCCCAGUUCCAUUCCUUCCUAAUUCCGUUCUUUCCUUCCUCGUUGCAAUCCUUCCUAAUUUCUUCCCUUCCGCAUUCCCUUCCUUCUUUGUUCCUUUCCUCCCUUCCUCGUUCCAUUCAUUCCUAGUUUUUCCCUUCCUACUCGUCCCAUUUCUUCCUAGUUUCUUUUCUUUCCUUCCUCGUCAUAUUCCUUCCUAUUCCUUUCCUUUCUUCCUCCGUCCAUUCAUUCCUAGUUCCUUUCCUACUUCAUUCUUUCUCGAUCCAUUUCUUCCUGGUACGUUUUCUUUCUUCCUAGUUUCAUUCCUUCCUAGUUCCGUUCUUUCCUUCCUCGUUACAAUCCUUCCUAGUUUCUUUCCUUCCGCGUUCCUUUCCUUCCUAGUUCUUUUCCUUCCUCCCUCGUACCAUUCCUUCAUAGUUUCUUUCUUUCACGUACCAUUCCUUCCUAGUUCCUUUCCUACCUUUUCCUUUCCUACUUUGUUCCAUUCCUUCAUAGUUCCUUUCCUUUCUUCCUCCUUCCAUUCAUUCCUAGUACGUUUCCUUCCUUCAUUUUUCAUUUCUUCCUAUUUUCUUCCAUUUCUCAUUCUAUUAAUUCCUAUUUCCUUUUAUUCAUCCCCCUUUCUAUUCUUUCCUAGUUUCUUUCCUUCCUUCCUCGUCCCAUUCCUUCCUAGUUCCUUUGCUUCCUUUCACAUUCCAUUCCUUCCUAGUUCAUUUCUUUCAUUCCUAGUUCCAUUCCUUCCUAGUUUUUUUUCCUUCCUCGUUUCAUUCCUAACUAUUGCCUUUCCUUUCUUCCUCGUUACAUUCCUUUAUAGUUCCUUUCCUUCCACGUUCCAUUCCUUCCCAGAUCCUUUCCUUCCUUCCUCGUACCAUUUCUUCAUAGUUUCUUUCCUUCCUUGUUCCUUUCCUUCCUGGUACCUUUUCCUUUUUCCUCGUUCCAUUCCUUCAUAUUUCCUUUUCUUUUUCGUUCCAUUCCUUCCUAGUUCCUUUCUUUCUAUCCUCGUUCCAAUUCUUCCUAGUUCUUUCCCCCCUUUUUCGUUCCAUUUAUUCCUAGUUGGUUUCUUUCCGUCCUCGUUCCUUUCCUUCCUAGUUUCUUUCCUCCUUCCUUGUUCCAUUCAUUCCCAGAUCCUUUCCUUCUUUUCUCGAUCCAUUCCAUCCCAUUUCUUUUCUUUCCUUGUUCCAUUCCUUCCUAUGUCCAUUCCUCCCUUUUCGUUCCAUUCUUUCUGUGUUCCUUUCCUUCUUUCUUCGUUCCAUUCCUUCCUAGUUCCUUCCUUGCUCCAUUCAUUCCCAGUUUCUUUCCACGAUCCAUUCCUUCCUAGUUCCUUUCCUUCCUUCGUCGUUCCAUUCAUUAUUAGUCCCUUUUCUUCCUUUUAUAUAUUCUUUUCCUUCGUUCCUAUUUUUCUUUCUUUCUAUCUUUCUUUGUUUCUUUCGUAUAUUUAA